AACCAUGCCAAUAUGAAAUGGACAAUAGUUAUGACAAUGACAACAAAGACGCAAUGCCGAUUGAUUUGAUGACCAUCAAACGACGCCCCUCUCACAUCCUGUUGUUGCGGAUUUUCGCACACCGCCAAUCCGUAUAAAAGCUCUAUCAGCUGAUCAAAACGACAUCACUCAGCGAUCAGCAGUCUUCAGUAAAGCACAUCCUCCCACUGCAAUCAUCUCUCCAACCAUGGCUUCCAAAUUCGUUCUGAUCGUCGCUUCCCUGGCUUGCGUCAGCGCUGGAUACAUCCCGAGCGACCACUCCCAUCUGUCCUACGGUGUGGCCCCGGCUGUGAGCUACUCCAACGUCAUCAAGAACGUUGCCCCAGUGCCAGUGCUGAGCAAGACCAUCCUUCCGGAGCCUCAGCUGUACCACGGAUACGCCCAGACUGCCCCGUCGGUUGUGGUCAGCAAGCCUCUGGCUCUUACCAACCCUCUGCCCGUGUCCUAUGCUGUCCCUCACUCUCUGUACCAGGCUCCGGCUCUCGAGUACACGAAGCCUCUGUCUUAUGGCCCAUAUGCCAAGACUGUGAUCGCUGCUGAGCCAACCUACGCCAAGACUGUGAUCGCUGCUGAGCCAACCUACGCCAAGACUGUGAUCGCUGCUGAGCCAACCUACGCCAAGACUGUGAUCGCUGCUGAGCCAACCUACGCCAAGACCAUCGUGUCGGAGCCCAUCUACACCAAGAACGUGUUCGCUGAGCCGAUCUACCCGGCCAAGACGCUGAUCGCUGAGCCGGUGUACGGCAAGAGCAUUCUCGCUCAGCCAGCUCCGAUCUACGGUGGAAAGGUCCUGUCUUAUGGCCCGCAGGUCGCCUACGGAGGCUAUGGUGCCCAUGGCUGGUAAAUGUUUUGACUGUGAUAAUGUACCGGCUUAAUGCGUGCUAAGAGAUAUAUGUGAUAUGUGCAAGAAUAAACGUUUAUUUAUGUAAUAUAAAGCA